AUGAUGGUCGAUAACUUCCAGUGCGCGGGCUACACGUUCUACUCCAAGUUCGACUCCGGCAACCUCGGAAAGGUUGAGCUGGUGCGAUGUUGUGAAGGUCUUGGCAUCGUCGGGAGCACGGUUUCGAAUGUUACAAGUGGCACAGGAGGACCGGCGACCGGAACCGGUGGCACGGGUGUUCCCAUUAUUGGCCCAUCUAGCAAUAUCAUCCCAACCACGGCCAGUACCAGUGCUUCAUCGAUAGUUGCGGCCACGUUGGGUGUUGGGUUGCAACAGCAACAUCAUGGGCUACUUUCGGCCACUGGACCACCGGCUGGGCCUGGGGCCAACACCCUUGGCAUGCGGAUUCCUUCACCGACGCCGCAUGCGACGGAAAAUCCCCUAAUAGAAGUGGAGUUUAAUCUAUGGACGCGGCCGGAUUGCGCGGGCACACCGUACGAGAAUCAGAAUCGCACCUGGUUCCACUUUGCCGUCACCGGUGGGCGACCAAAUCAGAUUGUAAAGUUCAACGUGAUGAACCUGAACAAGCAAGCGAAGCUUUUCAGCCAGGGUAUGCACCCGGUUACGAAGGUUGGCCCGAAUGGUCGGUGGGAAAGGAUCAAAGAUAAACCCUCGUAUUCGAUCACGAACGAUGUGUUUUUUAUAUCCUUUCUUCACAAGGUGCCGGAAGUGGGUGGAGAUCAAACGCGGAUCUACUACGCGUUUACGUUUCCCUUCACCUACAGCGAGCUGAUGGAUCAGCUCGCUACGUUCGAUCGAAAGUUUGGGCGGCAUCCGUUCGAGCUGAACAAGAUGGCGUACGAGAUAUCACAGAAGUACGAUUCGCUUCCCAACACUGCCGUGGAGGAAACGAAAAGUAUCUCCAACCUUGCGCCCCACCGCCGGAAAGGCAAGCUGGCUAAGAUGGAGCGCGUGGAUCGCGCCAGCCCGGAGUCCUUCGAUGAGACGGCUCGCGAUGGCACGAGCAGCGGAGGUGAAGGUGUUGUCGGACGUAAACAGGCGUCGGUUGCUGCACCAUCGAAAGAGGUCCUGUCGGAGGCAACUAAAACCCUGCAGGGUGCCCUGGGAGCGAGCGCCGGUGGGAUGGUGAUUGAUGAAAACACGUCGGAAUCGAUGCAGCAGAUCACUAACCUUGUGAAUAAGGUGAAAAUAGAGUUACCACAGAGUGAGACGAAAGUGCAGUUACCUACUGCGAGCUCUUCCUUGUCGUCGACGAAGCUUAAGUUGCCUUCGUUUCAUCAACAUCUAAGUGCGGCGGCGUCGAGCGGAUCUACGACGAACGUCGUGACCGAGGAGGACGUGAAGGUGGACCCGAGAGAUGAAAUCUACUACUGCCGAGAGCUGCUGACGCAUUCCGUCGAACGACGGCGCAUCGAGCUGCUCACCAUUAGCUCCUUUCACGGGAUUCAGACGGCGCGGGAAGUGCGCCUUCGCAAUCUCUUCCCGGAUGAGGACAUACAGCGCUGCCAUACGUUUAAGGAUAAGAAGGUCGUCUUCAUUUCGUCCCGGGUGCACCCGGGCGAAACGCCUGCCAGCUUUGUGCUGAACGGGUUUCUCAGCACGCUGCUCGACCGCAAGAGCGUCGUCUCGCAGACGCUCCGGCGGAUGUACGUGUUUAAGAUUAUUCCGUUUCUCAAUCCGGAUGGUGUGUACAAUGGGCUGUACCGGUCGGACACGCGUGGUCACAAUCUCAACCGGGUGUACAUAAGUCCGUGUCACGAGACACAACCAGCUAUUUAUGCAGCUAGGAAGUUAAUCAGGUAUUACCAUCUUGGCGUGGAUGAAGUGGAAACGUACGAGCUGGAGAAGGAAAAUCCCACCGCCGGGGUAGAUGUGAAGGAAGGUACGCCCGAGAAUAACACCUCGGAAUCGAAUGUCAUCGGAGGAACCACACCGACGGCUACAUCCGGUGACAAUGUUAAAUUGGUGCUCAAAAAAGUGGACGGCAAUCGGAAGCGUCGCACGGUAUCGCUACCCGGUCCAACAACGACGGCUUCGGUCUCCGGUGAGCGUAAAUCCGUCAUUGCUUUCGUAACGCCGACGCCCUUGCAACCAUCAUCCAAUGUCGCUUUGGAAUCGAACGGUCGGCACAGGUUUGCUGCUGCAGUCUCCUCGUCCUCGUGGUCGGAUAAGUUGCUUAGCAAAAUUCUUCGCCGUCGCCGCUCGAAGGCAUUGCCCGUGGAAUCUGCGACCGACGGUGGAAAAUUGUCUCCAAUAGCGCAAGCCCUUCCCAAGCCGAUUUUUCUAUUGCCUGCGGUUGAAGAGGAGGAACCGGCAGCCUCCCGCCUGCCGGUGGAAGAAACCGUACCAGACUUGCCUGGCCGUGACUCGUCCUCGCUGGCGCAUACAGACACUAACACUUCCACCGCUCCCAAUACAUUGUCGUCACCGAUGACCGACGAGUCAGAUUCAGUCGAGCAGGACACACCAGUGGCGUCCGAUUCCGGGUUUAGCGAAGCUAGUUCCGUUUCCUCGACCCUGACGUCGACCACGGGAACUCAGCAGGACAAACAGUCAUCGCCCGAGUGCGGCACCCCACCGACAGAUACACCCGUGGCCCCCAUGGCCCCAAACCAGGAAUCAAAUGUAACCCCCGCAACGAUGACACAACCCCCGUCCCUCGUCAUGGCAGCCACGGUGGCAGCGCAGGUCUUUACCGAGCAGCUUAUACCGGAACUGAAUCCGAUUGUGGGUGAAAGCAUCCCCAACGUUGCGUCACCUCCGGUGCGUCCCGUUACCGGUCGUAGUGCUUCGAGCUUAGGGUUGAGUGGAGGCGUUGGGUCAAAGAAAUCCUCCCACUCCGUGACGGCCAAGGUGGACACGGGAAAAGGCAGCACCGGCAGCAAGGGCACGUUUCAUAAGCAACACGCUCUGAACAAAGCGCAAUAUAUCGGCGCCCCGGCAGGUUCGCUCAAGUUCAAGGAGUUUCUGGUGCAUCCACAUCAGCAUCAUCAUCACCACCAUCAUCACCAUCAUCAUCACCAUCACCACCACCAUCAUCAGCUAGGUGGGGGGGUGGCUGCGGGAGGCCCGGCACAGGGCCAGACCGUGCUGCAUGGUGGCAAAAUGUCGCUUGCUUCGUUUAAAAAGGCGCCCGGAAGCGCCAAACAGCAACCACCGGUUUCCUCAUCGUCAUCGUUGAUGGGCGUCGGUGGAACCGGAAACCGAACGUCCGGUAGUGGAAGCAUACUGGGGGAGGCGGGCGUGCAGGGUGGCAAAAAUCGUCCCCAAACACCGCAAACUGCCGCCACGCAGUUCAGCCACUAUCGGUCGCACCGGAACGAGUACCUUAAUCCGGCCAUCGGUGGUGGUGUUGGUGGUGUGCCGAGGAAUCUCAACAUUAGUUUGGAGUUUUUGGCGCAACAGGACGAACGGUGCGAACGGGGUCAGCUGCAGGAUCGCACGGUGGUGUACGAGGAUCGAAGCAACCUGUUCAUGUACAUCGAUCUGCACGGACAUGCCUCGAAGAAGGGUGUCUUUAUGUACGGAAAUCACCUGCCCAGCACGAUCGAGGCCGUGGAGUGCAUGCUGUUGCCGCGGUUGAUGAGCCUGAAUUCGCAGCAUUUUCACUUUGAUGCGUGCAAUUUUAGCGAGCGCAACAUGUACUACAAGGGAAAACGAGACGGUCUGUCUAAGGAAGGAUCGGGCCGUGUGGCCGUGUACAAGAGCACCGGGCUGAUCAAGAGCUACACGCUGGAGUGCAACUACAACACCGGCAAGUGCGUGAACAUCCUGCCGCCCCGUGGCAAGGAGAUCGUCAGCAAAACGACACAUUCGCUCGUACCACCGAAGUACACGCCGGCAGUGUUUGAGGAGGUCGGCAAAGCUCUCGGACCAUCGAUCCUUGAUCUAACCAACUCCAACCCACUGUCACGGCUGUCGAACUGCGAGUUCCGCACGUUGCAGGGUCUGCGUAAUGCCCUGCGGAUCGAAAUCGAACGCGGUUCGUCGAAGGCGCGCGUCACCAAUAAGACCCAGAAAUCGCACACCAAGCGGCUCGCAAACCAGCUGUCCUGUUCGAUAGAAAUCGCAAAAGAAAAUGCCAUCCAGUGGGAUGCCUCGUUGGUGGCCUCCGGCGGACUUGGUGCCGGAACAGUACCCGGUACGGUUGGACCGCACGUGGUGACCGCCAAAAUCGUCAGUGACCCAUCGGAUACGAUUCUACUGACGGCAGGCAGCACCAGUGUCGGCAGCAACACAUCCGGUGUCGGCAUCGUAGCGAACCUAACAAGUAACAGUGCCACCGGACCGCCGGUAGGAUGUCGGCAGGUCCUGAAAUCGACGGGAGCGGCCAUGACUCUCAAAACAGCCCACGGUGGCGGUGCAGUGACGAAAAUCUCCCGCAAAGGUGGCGGCUUUGGAAAAGCGAAAAAACCCAAGGUCCUGUGCGAUGUGGCCGGAUCGGGUGGGGCGGCCAGUUUGGUCGGUACCAGCGGCAAGAAGCUCCAGGAGCUGAUGCUCCGCAGCACGAAGGAACAAGUGCCUCGCAAAAAGAUCAAAGUUUCAGCUCAACACGCGGGAACCGGAGGUACUUCCGGUGGUGUCGAUCGAGCGGCGACCCUGGAGUUGUGCUUUAAGAGUUCCAGCUCACUGCCCAACUUUCUGACCGCCGUACCGACUGGUCUCGUUGAUCUACCGGCACUGACCGGUGGCAAGAAGGUGAAAUCGGAAAGCAAACUGCUGGAAGCGAACGACAUGCAGUGCGAUGACAGCUUCGAUGCGGCACCAUGUUGUUCGUACACUGCGACCGGUUCACUUCCGGCACGUGCGAUCGUCACCACAACCGGUGGCAUUUCGAAGCUGAUCUCGACACUGACGCAGGUGGCCGCAGAUCACCACACCGGGACGACGGUGUUGAGUGCGGCAGAUGAGUUGAUAACGCUCGCGUGCAGUGACGUCGUGGCAUCGCCCGUUGGCUCCGGAUCGUCCCUUGAGGCUGUUGGACCCGCAGGUGGGAUGGCAAGCGGAAGCGGAAGUAGCGGUGGCGAGGCGAAGGGUGGCAAGUUUGGAAAGCAACUGUCGGGGAAACCGAAGCAAGCGAAGCUGGCCAAAUCGACGAAAUCAGGCAACGACGCCAGCAAGAAGCUGCUGAAGAAGAAACGAUCGCUCAAGACGGACUCGAGCCUGAAGCGGAAGAAGACCCGUGUCAAGCCGGCAUUGACAUAGCGUUGAAGCUGAACAGCAGCAGGGUGGUUGGUUGGUUGGUGGUCUUCCUAGGGUUGGAUGUGGAAGGAGUUAUAUGCGUAAUAUAGAGACAGAUAGGAAUUUUCGAGUCGAACGAUUCGACAUAUUUCCCUCGCGUCAGCGCACCGGAAGUGGUGGUGUUGUUAUCUUUUUAAUUUUUUCGUUCUU